AGGUUUAAUUUGUUGUUCGUUACAGCCUCCGAAAAUAUAAUUAUAAUUAUUAUAAUUAUAAUUAUUAUUAAGUUUUUUUUUUCAUUAUCAUUAUUAUUUCUUUUUUCUUGUAUAAAAAAAAAAAAUCAAGAUAAAUUAAUAAUAAUAAAAAAGUUAUCAAUACAAUGAGCAGAGAUGAAGAAUAUGAUUAUCUUUUCAAGGUUGUCUUGAUUGGUGAUUCUGGUGUUGGUAAAACCAAUCUUUUGAGUCGUUUUACUCGUAAUGAAUUCAAUUUAGAAUCAAAGAGUACCAUUGGUGUCGAAUUUGCCACUAGAAGUAUUCAAGUUGAUAAUAAAGUCAUUAAAGCACAAAUCUGGGAUACUGCUGGUCAAGAAAGAUAUCGUGCAAUCACCAGUGCUUACUAUCGUGGUGCUGUAGGUGCUUUGUUGGUCUAUGAUAUUUCUAAGCAUUCUACUUAUGAAAGUGUUGAUCGUUGGUUAAAAGAACUUCGUGAUCAUGCUGAUUCAAACAUUGUUAUUAUGCUUGUCGGUAACAAAAGUGAUUUGAGACAUUUGAGAGCUGUUCCUACUGAAGAAGCUAAACAGUUUGCAUCUGAUAAUGGUCUUUCAUUUAUCGAAACUUCUGCAUUGGAUGCUACUAAUGUCGAUCAAUCAUUCCAACAGAUUUUGACAGAAAUUUAUCGUAUUGUAUCCAACAAAGCUUUGGAAUCAUCUAACAAUACUAUUAAGCCUACAAGUGGCCAAACUAUCCUCGUAUCCCAAUCACCUGAUGAACAAGCCAAACAAGGUAGCGGUGGAUGUUGUUAAAAAUAUAUAUGUAUUUUAAUAUUAUAUAAUUUUUUCCCUAUUUUUCGUAACUCUUCAUACCAAUAAAAAAAAACCAACAAAAAUACAUAAAUGAAUAAUGUAUGUAUUCACA